CCAAACACGCCCAAAGUUCAUUACUGGCAUAAUAUCGAGUCAUCGUUGUGUUGAAAAUUGUUGCAGCUUCUGCAACUAGAGCAAUGGCGAUGCAAGGUGUGCAGAAGAACACGCUGUACGUGGGAGGGUUAGCGGAGGAGGUGAACGAGUCCAUCCUUCACGCUGCCUUCAUACCCUUUGGCGACAUCAAGGACGUCAAGACGCCCCUUGAUCAGGCCACUCAGAAGCACCGAUCUUUCGGCUUCGUCACCUUCUUGGAGAGGGAGGACGCCGCCGCCGCCAUGGACAACAUGGACGGCUCUGAACUUUACGGCCGUGUGCUCACUGUUAACUACGCCCUUCCUGAGCGUAUAAAGGGUGGUGAACAGGGUUGGGCUGCGCAGCCAAUUUGGGCGGAUGCGGAUACAUGGUUUGAGCGGCAGCAGCAAGAAGAGGAAAUGCGUCGUAUUGAGGCAGAAAAUCGAGCUGCAAUGCAAGCUGCAGAAGACAUACGUAGAAAACAACUAGCCCAAGAGCGAGAAGGAGAAAAGGAAGAGGAAAUUGACAUCAAGGAUGAUCCUAUGGCAAAGGCUGAAGCAGAGGUUCUGAAAGAAAAUGGUUCUUAAUUAAUAACUAAAAAAACCAGUUGAUGAGAGAAACCCUGCUUUCUGUCAAUUUUCUGCCUCUGCUAUAAUGUGUGAUAACCUUCGUAUGUGUGAUCACAGCUUUCUAUUGAUUCAGAAAUAGGGUAGGUAGGGUACUGAUGAGUCUCACCUUCCAUUUCUUAUUUAUUUGUCUCACCUGUAUCAAGAAAAUUCUGAGACAAGUAUUUGGCUUCUGCUCAAAUGUUUAAAUGGUUUAUCGCAAAACUGUUACAAUACCAUAAAAUGAAUCAUGGCCAUUUAGAUUUAAUAGUAGACUCUGCAUUGCGCUGAUAAAUAGUAGAUACCUUUUGAU